GAAGGAGGAAUAGUGCUCCAUCAUUGUGACACCAAUGAUAGGGCACUAUUCCUCCCACACUGACACUAAUGAUGGGGCACUAUUCCUCCCACACUGACACUAAUGAUGGGGCACUAUUCCUCCCACACUGACACUAAUGAUGGGGCACUAUUCCUCCCACACUGACACUAAAUGGUGGGGCACUAUUCCUCCCACACUGACACUAAUGGUGGGGCACUAAUACUCCCACUGACACAAAUGAUGCUUACAUUGCUGACCCCUGCUCCAGCUCGGGCUCCCUCCCUCUCC